UGCAGCUUCACAUGGCCUGACAAGGAGCAGCGGGUCUGGAGGGUGAAAUCCCGGGGGGUGGAGGUUGCUGGGCCUGCAGGAGGUUUUAAUUACAAGUGGAAGGCAGGUCUUUGAAAUACAGGAUGGCUACUCAACAGCUUUUACAGACUAGGCAAAAGAAAAAGUCCGCUAAGGAAUCAGUGUUGUUCCCCAACAAAAUCGCUACUGAGCAGCAGUCUGUGGUGCUGGUGAAAAGACUUCUGGCCAUCUCUGUCUCCUGUAUCACAUACAUGAGAGGGCUGUUCCCAGAGAGCUCUUAUGGAACUCGCUAUUUAGAUGACCUCUGUCUAAAAAUUCUCCGAGAAGAUAAAAGCUGUCUGGGAUCGUUGCAGAUAGUCAAGUGGAUUCAAGGUUGUUUUGAUGCGUUGGAGAAGCAGUAUUUACACGUUGCUGUCCUCGCAAUUUACACCAAUCCCAAGGAACCGGAGACAGUGACUGAACUGUAUCAAUUCAAAUUCAAGUACAAAAAGGAGGUGCCCCAGAUGGACAUCAUCAGGACAGCCUCGUGCUUUCAAAUGAAGCUUUUUCGGAUGAAUUUUGGUGGAAUUCCUUGCAACGGACCCAGUCCUUUGGAGAGCAACCAAAUGAACUUUGUGAAUGGGGCGUGCAGCGAGGAGGACAUUAAACAGGCCAGCAGGCUCCUGAUCCGCAAACUCUACCUGUUAAUGCAAAACCUCGGGCCGCUUCCUAAUGACAUUACCCUCACCAUGAAACUCCUCUACUACAAUGAUGUAACUCCCAACGAUUACCAGCCCCCAGGCUUUAAGGAAGAUGGCAGCCCUGGUGACCUGUUUUUUGAUGGCGAACCUGUCAACCUGAGAGUAGGGUCAGUCUCCACUGGGUUCCACCUCAUGAAAGUGAGAGUGACAACCGAAAAGAAAAGAAUGGGGACAGUUGAAAGCAACCUGAUCCAGAAGAAUGGACCUACUGAGAUCUCCCAUCAAGGGUUAGACUGUGAUGAAGAGGAAGAGGAGGGGAGCACAAAGAAUCAUCCUCUACCUGUCAGAGCAGAUUCAAGUGAACAUGGAGAGAACAAAAGUGACACCCAUCCAGGCUGGAAAACGGAAGCAUCUUCUUUUUACCUUCAAGAUACAGGUGGAGAGAUGACGACAGGGAUAAAGGAGACGGGCAGGAUGCCUUGCUCAAGGGCAUCUCAGAAGAUAAGCUGCCUGAACCUUGCGUUUAGCCAGGAAGAGGUAACAGGACCCAAGAAGAAAAGGAAGGUCAGUGAACCAGAGAAGCUGCUUCUGGAAGGCAGGAAAUGAUGUUCAUUCUGACACACAAUACAUUUUGGAAGGUGUGAGUUUGCAUUGUCAUCUGACUAGUAAAGUCUUCUAAUAUUUAACUCUUCCACAUACCGCAUGUACUUCUGCAUGUUUAUUUGUCUAGCGCAAACUUGGGAUUGCGAAGAGACAGCAAGUGCCAUAAUUGUCAUGACAAUGUCAACCAACAGCACUUGUUUGAUAUUCUAAA